AUGUCAAGCCCUCAAGACCAACCCCGUGAUGGUGCACACGGAAUAAGACCGUUGGCCUCAAGCCUUCAGUCAAGUACGCCUGCAGGACUUGGACAGCGCAACACGGAACCGCCAGGUAGUGAUAUUUGGCAGGAAGAAGCAGACGGCAUUCUUCCUUCUUCUUCUUCUUCUUCUUCAGCGGCAGCAGCAGCAGGUGUUGGGCAAGGUGCACGAUCCGAUCAAUUUCCCGCCCUGACAGAUGCCAAUCAACAGCAAGAGGCAGCGCGAGCUGCCUUUUCAGCAAAUUCCGAGGUGAUGGCCACGACACCGCGCAGAAGCGCAUGGACGAGAAGUGUACAUCCUUUGUCUGGACCGGCCGAGGAAGAAGACUCGCCAUCACUGGCCACAAACUCACCCGACGGAUCACCAACACCAGAAGGAGCAGCAGGGCCCUCGUCUCUUGAAACAGCACAAGCACAAGAACCAGAACAACCAGAAGACCCCGAAUGGAGACCGUCCCUGGCUAUAGGAUCCAUCGACGCAAGCAAUCUAAGCCCCAAGGAAGCAGCCCGGCGCCACAUGCUACAAUGGCAACACAUCCACGAGUACCACCGCCUCCACAGCCCGCACGCCUUGCCCACGGUUGAGAGGAGCCUGGCAGAGGCCAGGAGGGCCUACGAGGAGCUGUGCAUGCGUGAUCGCCAGGAGGACAUGGUUCCGCGGGGCCAACUGGCGUCAUACCAGAGGGAGUGUAUCGAGGCCCGCACUGCACUGCUGCGCACGACGUUGGCUGAGGUAGAAGCAGGAGCUAGAGUAGGAGGAGGGCGCGAACCUAUGCGGGUUAAUAUCAUGGCUGCCUUGUCUGGGUAUGGUACGGGAGAGAUUGGGUUCUCAGAAAGGUACACUCUCAUAUACGCUGGGCGGAUUGUGGACACAACGUGCAGAAGCUAUGCCGAGUUUACAGCGGAUAGGCAGGAGAGAUUGGAUAUGUAUUUGGCGCAUUACGGUCCAGGAUAUCUGUGGUGGGAGCCACCGCUUGCCAGAGGGGCCGGGCAGGUGUUGGCCAAGAGGGGCACGAUUCUCAAGCUGGAUAGAGGCGAGAGCAGCUUCAGAAGUGUGGAAGACAGUAGUGUCAAGUAUCGUGACGAUGCCUGCCACUACAAGAUCCCCAUGGGCUUUCGAAGGGAUGAUCGACUCAGAUGUCGGUUGCGGAAGGCACAGGUGGAAGCACCUGUUGGUACAGGAGUAAAGAGGAAGCGAGAGCACAUGGACGAAAACCAUGUGGUGGUUGAAGAAUCGGACAGGCGAGACAACCAGACGUCAACUUCUCCUUCAACCAAAGCCGACGACAAUCAAAGCAACAGCAACAGCAACAGCAACAGCAACACGGAGGAGCAGGACGCAGGUCACCACGCCGAAGGCGACCAUCCCAUCAUCGUGUUCGACACAUUACUAGACAGCGGUGCCGAGCUGCCCGUCCUGCUCCACGACGACUUCAAACUCCUCGGCUUCAACGAGGACGAAAUGAUCGCCGCCACCGUUGUCGACAUCUGCUCCGUGGCAGCCAAGACCAGCACAGGAUACUGCUUCGAGCUCCUCGGCGGCCUGGAUCUCCACGCCUCAUCCCCUUCUUCCUUCACCACCACCACGAAGCCUCCUGCGCCUUGGUCCGCGGCCGCCCACUUCCAUCCCACGCGCGUCCUCAAGCUCCCCUCGGACAUCAAGCCCCCUCCCUACGGCGCCUUCACCUCGGAGAGGUUGUCUGGCAUGCUUCCCUUCCUGGCAUACUACCUCGCCUCCGCCCCCGGGACCGGCCAGAUGGCGCUGGGCCAGGAGAGACAUGACGUGCUGGGCAGUCGGAACAUGCCUGGGGCCAUGCGGUACGACCCAGUCGAUCACCCUCUGACGAUGGAGCAAAAGCUCAGACGGAAGCAGAGAAGGACAAUCUCCAAGUUCGGCGGGGCGGUCUUGGGCCUGCGGAGGGUGACGUUUGAGUCAGAGAUGGAGGAAGGCAGGAUGUUGAUUGAUGAGGAUAUCGUGAGCAGGGACGGGCGGGAUAUCAAAACGAAUCUGAUAUUGGCUGAGGAAGACGGCAGCGUGAUUGGAGAGUUUCCCUCACGGAAGGAAUAUAGAGAUUGA